AUGAAGGCCUCACUCAUCCUCGCUCUUCCCGCCCUUGCCGUUGCGGCUGCUACCCCUCAUCAGGUUGAGGAGCGACAGCUCCCAACCCUCUUCGAUCCUGCCUGUCUUCUCCAGAUCACUGGCAUCACCCAAUGCCUCCCCAACCUCAGCCUCGACAGCAUUAUUGGAAUUGUCGACGUCAUCGGCUGCCCUCUUCGACUUGCUGGCCAGAUCGCUAACUGCCUCAACGUCAACGUUCCCGGUACCAAUUCAGCUGUAAUGCACCAAAGGCUUCCACAACUUGGUGGAUAUAGCAUCAGCUUUGGGCGAGAUGCUGAAUCAGGCACUGUAUACAGGAACCUGGCAAUAAUGGGUGUCCUCGAUGAAGAUGGAGAAAGGCAGUUGAGCGAACCGCCCGCGACGCGCGAGGAAUCGAUCAGUCUUCUCACUAAGGCCUUUACAGCGCUUUCAAAGGGCGCUGGAAACCCAUUGGGCAUCGUAGCUUUGAGGAUCCACGCUGAAGGACGUCCCAAACAUCAUAUUCAGAUCAGAAGUGAAGUCGAAGAGCGCUCCACGAUGAGAAGUACCUGGCAGUGCAGCAACGACACGUUCUUUGUUGCGAUGCAAUCAUUGGUUGCUGCUAAGCUUCAAACCCAAUAUCUCAAUUUAUUUCACGAUGCCGACAUGAAGCUCUUUGCCUUGGCUGGCGAUCAACUCAACCUGAUUGUGACUGGGACAGUCCUGAUAUCGCGCAUGUGCUGGCAACCGUGACACCUCUCAACACCAGCAUCUCAACGAGGGUCUUUGCCUUCAGAGAACGUGGCGACGGUUGGCGCGAGGUUGGCGACACGGAUUGGCUUGAAAAAGUCACAGACUGGACAGCGCCGCAAAUUCGUGCUGAAGCGGAAAACGAAAUCAAUUUCACUGGCCUUGCGAGACUUGUCCAAAAGUGUCCUCGACUUCCAGACUUUGCAUACCAAGCCCUUGGCAUUCCCUUCCCGGUCUUCC